CACCCAAAAAGCCAUUUAAAAACAAGGCGCAUUUUAGCCACCCCACCCACCUUCUUCGGAGAAGUUUAAUUGGUUUUGUAACCCUGUAGCUGGUGGUGAACCUAUCAUAACUUAAAUCUCAUUUCCAUUCAAAUUCAACCAAGCAAACCUCUCUGUCUCUCUAAACUUUCUAACUUUUUUCUGAUCUGAGAGGUAGAAAUUUUUUUGGUUGAUUUCUAUCAUAGAUGGCUGCUCCACCUGCGAGGGCUAGAGCUGACUACGAUUAUCUCAUUAAGCUUCUAUUGAUUGGCGAUAGCGGUGUGGGUAAGAGUUGCCUUCUUUUGCGUUUCUCAGAUGGUUCAUUCACCACCAGUUUUAUCACCACCAUUGGCAUUGAUUUUAAGAUAAGAACCAUUGAGCUUGAUGGAAAACGGAUCAAGCUUCAAAUUUGGGAUACAGCUGGUCAGGAGCGGUUUCGAACAAUCACAACUGCUUACUACCGUGGAGCUAUGGGAAUUUUGCUGGUCUAUGAUGUGACAGAUGAAUCAUCUUUCAAUAACAUUAGGAACUGGAUUCGCAACAUUGAACAACAUGCUUCUGAUAAUGUUAACAAGAUAUUGGUAGGGAACAAGGCUGACAUGGAUGAGAGCAAAAGGGCAGUGCCUACCUCUAAGGGCCAAGCACUUGCUGAUGAGUAUGGUAUCAAAUUUUUUGAAACUAGUGCAAAGACAAAUCUAAAUGUUGAGCAAGUUUUCUUUUCAAUAGCAAGGGAUAUAAAACAAAGGCUUGCCGAUACUGAUUCAAAGGCAGAGCCUGCUACGAUCAAGAUUAAUCAAGCAGAGGCAGGCGGGGCUGGUCAAGCUUCCCAAAAAUCAGCUUGCUGUGGUUCCUAAGAAGCUCAAUUUAUUUCUGAGCGGGAGGUAAAUCCUGGUGUAACACAUGGAAAAGGAAAAUGGUAAAUGGAAAACAAAAGAACUAAUUGUGAUUGACAAUAUGAUGGGUGCUUGUAAUAUUUCUUAUGUCAUUCUUUUUAAUCUUGCUUUAGUGUGUGAAAUGUAGUCUUUAAUUAUCGAGAAUUUUAUUUUGUGGCAACAGUUCUUUGUAUCUUCUGACACAAUUUUCUUUUCUUUUUUU